GGCAGCGGGCGGUAACGGAAGCCGCGGAAUGGAGGGCGGGCGGGCUGCGCUGUGGGAAGCCCGGCUGGCGGAAGCCGAAGCGGGCCGCGCCGAGUGCCGUGAGGCCGCCCGGCUGCUGGCCCGGCGCAACGCGGAGCUGCUGUGGCGGCAGCGGCACUCGGAGAAGGAGGCGGCGGCCGCGCUGGCGCUCCUCACGGAGCAGGGCCGGGAGAGGGCGGCGGAGACUGAGAAACUGAAGAAGGAGCUGAUUGAUUUGAAACAGCGAACACAAGAAGAGCACAGGAAACUGGAAGACUAUUAUACCCAACAAAUAAAAGAAUUGGAAGAGAAAUUUCAGAAAAAAGUUGGAGAAAUCAGCCAAAUUCAAUUAGAACUGAAUUUAAUAAAGGAAUUCCGCAGGGAGAAAGCAGCUGUGGAGAAAGAGCUGGAAGAUUUGAAGAAGAGCAUCAAGAUCUCAAACAGGAAACAUCAGGAAGAGGUUGUGCAACUGGAGAGGAGGUUUCUCGAAGAGAAGAAAAGACUAGAAGAAGACGCUGAGAAGAAGCUAAUGAUGACAAGAGAGGCUGCUCAACAUGAAGCUGUUUUGCAGCUGAACAGCAUUGAGAGACACGUUUUUAAAGAGAACAUUCGUCUUCAUGGUGCUUCAUCUUAUCACCUGAAGGAGGCAACGGAGUUGCAGAAAAUGAAACAGAAGUUAGAGGAGGAUAAAAUUCUUCUGUUACAGGAAAAGGAAAUCACCGAGAGUUUGAUUAGAAAAAAGAUCCUACAGAUCAACAAGCAGAAAGCACAGAUAGGAGAUCUGCAACAUAAAGUGGAAAAACUGGAGAUGGCCUUAUGUCACAAGACUAAAGAAUUUGAAACAAAGACUCAAAAAACAUACCAUCAGGCACUGAUAGAAAACCAGGCUAGCAUGGUCGAGCUUAAGAAACUGCAGCACCUGCUAGAAAUGAAGGAUCAGGAGAUGAACCGAGUGAAGAAACUAGCUCGGAAUAUCUUAAAUGAGAGGACUGAAGUGGAAAGGUUCUUCCUAGAUGCUCUGGAACAUGUGAAGCGGGAGAUCAUAGCCAGCAGAAAGCGCUAUAAGGAAAAGGCCCAAGCUGUCUAUUACAGGAAAAUGAUGGAGGCGUGUGCAGGGAUGGAAGAAUUUCCCAAAAUCAAAACAUUCAAUAGCAACGUGAACAGCACAAAUAGUGUGUACAGAGACCUAGAAGAAGCAGAGAAAUGCUACUGGGCAAAUACCCAGUUUGAAAAAGUAGAUAUCAGUGAGUUGACAUGGGAACAAAAAGAACGUGUCCUGAGAUUACUUUUUGCCAAAAUGAAUGACACAAAUCUAUGGAAAUACAGCAGAGAUCUGUCUACUUCAACUCCAGCUCCUGCUGAUGCUAAAGAAGAAAACAUAGCUGGCACAGAAGAUAUUUCUUCCAACCAGAUAUUCAUUACACAGCAGGCUGAAUUAUGAGUCAUCUUCUGCAGUAAUCCUUCUGUGUAUUCAGAUGUUAAUACUACAGAUAGAGUAAGGCAGCUGUACUUGUAGCAUCAAUAAGAACAACUUCCACAGCACUUAUGGACUCAUCUGCAAUUUUCAUUUUGGGAGUUAGCUUGUGAGCAAAGCUGCAAUUCUACAUCUCCUGUCUGCUAUGCUGCUGCUUUGGCUGCAUGUUUGAAAUUCAUCUGAAAUAUAACUAUUUUCCUCCUCCUUACAAUGAAGACUUGAUUCUUUCCAAAGCCAGGAGCUAGGAUGACCCUGUAUACAGCUCUAGGAUGGUAACUUGAUUAGGAUGCAUUUUCAGUUUGCAGUAAAGUUAAGUGUAUGGAGUUUAAGAGCUUUUGUGAUCAUGUAACGGGUUUGUGGAAAUAGCAUUCCAAGGAGUACCUUGGUUCUAUAUGAGGACAUUACUACAGAAGCUCUUGAAAUCCUGUUAAAAAAGGAUUCAUGGAGAGGUUACAGAAGUAAUAGACCAGCCUCUGCAAAGAGGGUAACAUAGUCAAUAGAACACCUGUAGAAUAUCUUAUCAAGGAACCAUCACUUUCUGCAGUGAUUAGCAAAUUUUUAAUUCAUAAUCAAAUUGCAAGGUGAGAAUUUUCCCUCUAGAGUAUAGCAGAAGGAAAAAACCAAGAUACAAACAUUAGUGGAUCAACAGCAGUUACUCAAAUACAUAACUGAGUUACAUUAGAUCUUUAUCAGAAGGCAGGAUACAGAGUCUUCACGCUCAGAUUUCUUUUAAUCAGAACAAGUGAUGAUUACAAUCAUUAGUAUUAUUUUCCAUGGGUACUUGAAUGAAGUCCCUGCAGAUUUCCCCCCCCCCCCCCCCCCCCCACCUCAUGGCUGCAUCAUCUUCCAGGAAGCAAGAAUAAAAAUACAGGCUCUCCAGCUCCAAAUGCACACAUAAGAACAGGGUAUAGCAAGACUUACCCAUCUCUAACAAUGGGACCUGCAGUCCCCCGAGAACAUGACUGUGUUUGAGCAAAUGUGACAGAGUCGAUCAAACAUCAAAAGAAAUACAUCUAUAUUCAGGAAAACACACAGAACAGGCCUGGCUGCUUUGUGAUCAAAUCACAUUUCUUCCUACUGACCUGUCUACUUAUUCUUCCUACCAACCAGACUGACGUGAUCCCAUGAUGCAAGACAUCAUGCUUCUACACAUUUAUGCACAUUUAUGCUUCUACAGUUACAUUACCUUAAAGGACCUGUAGGCACACUUUUUGUUAGCACAGUAGAAAGGCACCAACCAACUUCUAGGUAUAAUGGAACUGACAGUAAGUUGGAGAAUGCAAGCCACAUGCAUAAUAGGAACAGUUUCCAGCUGUAAGAGGCACAGCAAAGGUCACUAUGCCAUACAGGUGUUUAAUUCAUCCUCAGACAAGCAGCCAAAGAUGCUUCCCUGAAAAAUCCUUAGAAAGGUAUUUCCUAGGUAUUUUGGAAAUUCCUCAACUGAUGAAAGACUGACAUUUUCAACUCCAUAACUUGCUGUCCUCAUUGUAUGUAGAAGUCACUUCUGUGAGACGUCUGAAGCGUCCCAGUUGUGUCACUCAAAGUGAAUACUCAUCUGAGUAUGGUGAGUUCAGAAUCUCAAUGUGUAAGAAAGUGGUAAAACUGCUACAAGAUGUAGCCAGCAGUGAAUCACUAAGGCUAGAGGUACUGAAGUGGAAAGCAGAAUAAUGUUUGAGUUCAGAAAGUCUAGAAAGAAACACGGAGUAAAGCCCAUCUGUUUUCCCUUUCAAUUAGAUAGGAUAGUUUCUUCCUGAUAGUUAUACAAAAAC